AUGGCACUUUUUCGUAUCAUUUUGCUGUGUUCAUUUCUUAUUUCUUCGCAAGUUUGUUCAACGCUAAGAAAUUGCAUCUUUCGGUGGGACUUCGUGAAAUCAGCUCACAAUCUACUUGACAAUAUGGGUGGCCUUUUCCCCCGUGAAUGCUUGAAAGAAAAAAUCAAGAAAACGUUUCCUAUAUCUGGUCUUCAAUUAAACGGUUCAAAUAAGAAAAUCACAGUGUAUAAAAUCAUGGAGCACAUUGACUCGUUGUUUGCAAACGAGACUCAUCCAGAAUCCUGGGACCCGGAGAAAAUGGAUGUUUUCCGACACAAAGUUUAUCGCUUAACAGAGUAUAACAAAUGUAUUUUGGGAAAAACGCACGGGCCCAUGGAGGAUUCGCCUUCAAGAGACGAUGCACUGAGAAACUAUUUUGAUGAAUUGGCCACUUUCCUUAGAAACAAGGAUAACAGUUUCUGCGCAUGGGAGGUGGUUCGAAAGGAGCUCCUGCUUGUCCUUAAUAAGAUCCUCCAUCGUAACUCAUCCAAAGAGUAG